AUGGUUCAGUAUACCCAGAAUGACUGCAGGUGCCUGCGGGCUCUGGAUGCUCCAAUUAAUGCUAGUUGUCCUGGCAUCCGGUCAUUUGAUGAUUUGACGCCUCCUCUCCUCGGCCUGCCCCGGAAAGCGGUGACACCCCGGGGCUUUCCGCUCGCUGGAAGCCCCCCAGGAGCCUGUCAAGACACCCCCGCAGACGACGCGGGGCCCCGCUACACAGCGGGGGCCGAAGAGGACCAGGCGGGCUCCCCUCCCCGCCCCCACAGGGCGCGCAGCCUCCGGGCCGCCUUCCUCGGGGACCCCGGGGCUUCCCGGAACGGGGGCGCGGCGCCUGGGUCCCCGGGCGAGAGGCGCCGGCGAAGUUCCCACCUGAGCCGGCGGCCGGAGGGGGCGCGAGUGUUACAACUUCCUUCCCUGCCCGCCCCCGGCCGCGCGGCCCCGGGACGCGGGAGGGGAGGGCGCCGGCGCGCCAAUGAGUUCACUUUCUUUCUCUCCCCCGCUCUCCCCCCUCUCCGCGCCCGCCGGCCCCUCCAGCCUCCUCCGAAGCGGCGGACCAGGCCGGGCCGGAGUUUUUGGGGCUCGGCCCGCGAGCGGGAGGACGGGGGAGGCGAGGGAGGAGGAGGAAGGCGAGCCGGACCGGGUGAGGAGGCCCGCGGGGCGCCGGGCCGGGGAGCGGCAUCCAGGACAGUAACUGCGCGGCGGGCGGGGGACGCGCCGGGCCGAGUGUGCCCGAGCCCGGCGCGUACACGUGUCCGUGUGUGUGUGCGGGAGUGUGCGAGGGAGAGAGGCGAGGCGAGGCGAGGAGAGGAGCCUACCAUGCGCUUCCCCCGGUGCGGAUCGCGGGAGAGCCCAAUCGCGGGGCGAGCUGGACCUGGCUGUGAUCAUUUAUAAUCCUUGACUCUCCGCUCCGCCACUUGUCAAGAUGACAGGUUCAUUGCUAGAGUUUCUGCGUUGGAUGUAUUAAGAAUCUAUGGGGAGCUAAGUCACUGAGAAGUAUCAGGUAU